GUUUAAGUUUGUCUUAUAUAGCCCCAUCAAAGGUAGUAGACAUAGGGAUGUUCACUUCCGUUUUGGUACUUUAAUCCUUAAAGCUUGCUAAGAGAGGGAAAUUUGGGGUCAAGAAAUUAGAGUGUAGACCUAUUUUUACAGUCUAUGGUGUAGAUCUGAUCCAUACUCCGGAGCAGAAGGGGGCAGUAAUGCACCUAAACGCUGGACGCCAACGGCCGUAAAAAGAAGAAGUUGUGUGACAAAGAUGCUCUGAUUGAAUAGAUGAUCCUCUUUAAACCGACGUCCAGUGAAAGCGGAAGUGCGUGUUGUCAGAUUUGAUGUAGAGCGGAAAAAGAUAACAAUAUUUAAGUUAAACAUAAAUUUUUGUGGUUUAGAUAUUUAAAACAAACUUCAGAUUUUAUAUAAAGACUUCUAAUUUAGACCAAUACAUUUUCCUUUAUUUUAGAUUAAAAUCGAGUUAAAAGAUAGAAAUACUGCCGAUUUAGCAAUUUGUUUAUUUAUAUAUUUUAUUGGACUUCAUGCACAAACUAAUUUAAAUUAAACAAGUUAAACAUUAUUUUGUAAAAACAAAAAAAGGUUUAACACUCUGAACGUGUAACCGAUUACUGGGUGGGCUAUCUCUCUCUCCAGUGUAUUAUCUUGGUCCGGCUGUUUUCCGUGGCCGUUUAGACUGAAAACAACAUUAGUUUGCUGACAUGGAGGAAAUAAACUAAACGGCAAAAACAGUGCAUACUAAUAUUAUAUUGUUUACAAGGCUUGCGUUUGGCAUAAAGUGACACUUUGCAGCUGUUCAGGCAUUUGUACAACGGUAUACAAAUACAAAAACAGGGGUCUAUGGGGGAGGUCACCACUGCAAUUCAAUACCAUCGAGUAAGUUACUGGAAAAACAUGAAAUCGCGACUCUCUGACCCCGCUGAAACAAACAAAAACACUGAAACAAAGACAAACGCGUGAACAAUGUGCACAACAACUGAGAGAUAGCAGAAUGAGCUACAAUACGACCUGCUCUUUUCUGUAACAAAACACCUCCCUGUUCAUUUAUAAUUAGACAAAACUUUGCACACUGCAAAGUGACAGAGCUGGAUUUGAAGGACUUUGGAUCGGUGUACUUUGAGAGCUUUCGUUGCGGUACGAUCAUCAUGACUUUACUGCCGAAGAUCUUGCGAUGGGUGAAGAGAGGCGCUUCAUCGUUUCACUUUCAAUGGACUGCCAACAUGUCAACGAAUAACAGGAGACUUCGAGUACUGGUGGACAUGGACGGUGUACUUGCAGAUUUCGAGGGAGGAUUUUUAAAGAAAUUCAAGGCGAGGUAUCCGAACGAGCCGUAUAUAUCUUUAGAGGACAGACGAGGCUUCUGGGUAUCGACACAGUACGGGGAAUUGAGAAGCGACCUGUGUGACAAGGCCAUAAGCAUUUGGGAGUCAAAAAACUUUUUCAUUGAGCUGGACCCUCUACCUGGAGGUGUGGAAGCUGUGAAGGAGAUGUCCGAGAUGGAAAAUACAGAUGUCUUCAUUUGCACCAGUCCAAUAAAGCAUUACAGCUACUGUCCAUAUGAAAAGUUUGCAUGGGUAGAGAAACACCUGGGCCCUGACUUCCUGGAGCAGAUUAUCCUGACCAGAGACAAGACCAUAGUGACUGGAGACAUUCUCAUAGAUGACAAACCUGAUAUCCUGGGUGUGGAGCCCAAUCCUACCUGGGAACAUGUUCUUUUCAGUGCCUGUCACAACAAGCACCUGCCAUUGAACCCCUCCCAACGGCGACUUCUGUCCUGGUCGGAUGAUUGGAGGGAAAUGCUGGCAAGUAAGCGCCAGUAACCCUACAACCUCAAACAGCCCAUUUUGCAUCAUCUUGCACCAGGUGCUGUCAUACAUUCAGUCAAUGAUAAGGGGCAACAAGCUGAUUGACGCACAAAUUUUAGAAUGAUAACAAUGUAAUAUAGUUAAAUAUAACAAACAACCCUCACAUACCGUGUUACUCUCUAAAGGUCCAUAAUAAUGCCUUUUAUUGUUUGCAUGAUCCAAGGCAUUGUUGAAAAUAUUAAGUAAAGGGGUGAAUGAGGGAUGCAAACAAGUUUGAUUUUAAUAUCGAAUACCGUAUGUGUUCAUUUGUGACUGAUUUGAUUUUUAGCAUCACUUUAGUGUCGUUUUAUUGUUUAUUAUGCUUAUAUUAUACUCAGAAUUUUGUUUACAUUAAAUUUACAUUAAGCAUAAACUGCCUUCCUCUUUAAUAUAAAGAGGGUGGGAGAAAUUGUUUGUAAGGAUGGGAGAAUAACAAAAAUGUGUCUAAUCGCACAUUUACAUAUUAGCCCCACCAUAAGCUACUUUAAAGGUUCAUCACUGUAAAAAAAAUAUACCAAAUCAACAUAUAUUUUUAUGUUAAACAAACUAAGUUAAACAAUUUCAACAAGUCAUGGCAUUUUUUAAAAAUGCGGUUAUUAUUAGUAUUAGUUAUUAUUAUUUUGAAUGGCCUAUAUUGUGAAAGCAAUAAAGCCGAUAUAACACAGAUGUAAUUACAGUAAACAAGAGACAAAAAGAAAAUUGGUAAAACUAAAUAAACAUUUGAUAUGCAUGGCCUUUUUAAGUACUUGUACUGCGGAUCUGAGACCUCACGUUACUGUUUGAAUAAGAUUAGCUACUUACCAGACCAGAAUGUAAUUAUGUGUAACACAACGUAACUUCACGUUUUAAAGUGAAUCAUGAUUGGUGUCUGUCAGACACAGUGGCGGCUUUUGAAACUCAUCAAAACAUCGUCAUGUGUGUAGAUCGUCAUGACAAAAUAUGUGUUCGGCGCGUCAUGUUAAACCUAUGUGCAUGGCGUGUCAUGUCAAAAAACAUGCCU